UGGUGACUCUCUCUGUGAUAAGUUGUCCCUGUUAACCUCACUUUCAAAGAAUGUCAAAGAGGGAAAACAAAACAAUUUGAUGCUUUUAUUAACUGCUGCCGACCCUGUGGCCCCCACAAACCUGUCUUGAACCCUUUGUUUUUUGUGCUUAGUUAAGAAAAUAAACAUUAGUUCAUUAUGUCUGUUGUUGUCGAAACAACACUUGGUGAUAUAACAGUGGAUUUAUUCAUCAAAGAACGCCCCAGAGCUUGCUUGAAUUUCUUAAAACUUUGUAAAAUCAAGUAUUACAAUUAUAAUUUAUUCCAUACCGUCACCAGAAGGUUUAUUGCUCAAACUGGAGACCCUACGGGUAGUCGAAGUGGAGGAGAAUCCAUAUUUGGUGUGCUAGAUGGACCCCUGAAAAGAUUUUUUGUUGCUGAAACUAAACCACGUAUCAAGCACACGAUCAGAGGGUUGAUUUCUUUUGUGGGUAAUGAAGAAAAUAUGAUUGGUUCCCAAUUCUUCUUCACCUUGGCUGAUGACCUAACAUAUUUAGAUGAAAAGCAUUGUGUUUUUGGGGAAGUGGCAGAAGGGUUAGAUGUGUUGGAAUUAAUAAAUGAGGCCAUCUGUGAUUCAGAUGAUCGGCCAUAUCAGGAUAUCCGUAUUACUCACACAGUAAUCUUGGACGAUCCACUUCCUGAUUUGGAAAAAAUGGUCAUUCCUUCUAGAUCACCAUCACCGUCAGCUGAGAGAUUACAAGGAGGUCGCAUUGCUGCAGAUGAGGAAAUCGAUGAAAUUGCUGGCAAAUCAGCAGAAGAAAUAAAUGAAAUGAUAGCUGAAAGAGAAGCAAAGGCCAGAGCUACAAUCCUAGAAAUGGUUGGAGACCUUCCAGAUGCGGAUAUGGCACCCCCUGAAAACGUGCUCUUUGUUUGCAAGCUUAAUCCAGUCACUUCAGAUGAUGACCUUGAAAUCAUAUUCAGCCGAUUCGGAAAAAUAAAAUCUUGCGAAGUUAUUAGAGAUCAUAAGACUGGUGAUUCACUUCAGUAUGCUUUUAUUGAGUUUGAGGAUAAGAAAUCCUGUGAAGAGGCAUAUUUUAAAAUGGAUAAUGUUCUCAUAGACGACAGAAGAAUCCAUGUUGACUUCAGUCAGUCAGUCUCAAAAGUGAAAUGGAUGGGUAAGGGCAGAGGUGUCAAACAUUUCACGGAAAAUGGUUCAAAAAAAAAACAUGAUUUGAAAGAAACGAGCUACAACGAUGAUAACCAAUCGGAAAAAUAUAGUAAAUCUGGAAGAAAAAGAUUAUCAAGACCUGAAUAUGAUAAUGGUGGGAAAUAUCAUCAAAAAAAUAGAAGUCCCACUAGAGGACAUAGAAGAAUGCGAAAGAGUAGAAGUAGAUCGCUAACACCCAAAUUCAGCAAAAAAAAGAGCAGAAGAAGUAGAUCAAGGAGCUCAAAUGGUAGGUCAUCAUCACCAAAACAUAAUAACAAUGAAAAAGGUCGAUCCCUUUUAUCAGAUAAGAGAUACGAGAGGAAUACCAAAAGGGGUAGGUCUCGAACACCUGAAAACAAUAAAACAGAAAAAAGAACUAGACCUUCAUCAUCUGACCACAAGAAAGGCUAUAAUGAGGUUAAAAUUAAAUCCAGAAGUAGAAAAAGUAGGUCUCCCUCAUAUAAGAAAACAAAACAUAGGAAAAGCAGGCCAAGUAGUACUGACAGCAGUGUAUCAUCUUCAACCAGUGAAAGUAGUACAUCAGAUUCGUCUGAACAUGGUGAAAGCAGAAAAAACAGAAAGGGUAGAUCAAGGAGUAGAACAAGUAGAUCUUCCUCACCUGAAACAAAAAAAAAUUACAAAAAAAAUAUAAACAAGGAAAGAUCGCAUGAUAGAGGUGAUGAAAAACAUAAGAGGUCAGGGAGUUCUAAAUAUAUGUCCGCAUCUAAAUCUCACAAGAGAACAGCUGAAGAAAGCAGAUUGAGAAGUAGAAGUAGAUCUCAAACGCCUAGAAUUAAAAAAACAAAAAAUAGAAGAAGUAGAUCAAGGAAUAGUAGGUCACUUACACCUCAGUAUAAGAAAAGAAAAGAGAGCUCAAGAAGCAGUGAAAAAUCUACAUCUGACAAAUACAAAAAAUAUAGAAAAUAGUGUAUAUAAUAAAAAUUACUGUGAUGAAGAAAUUUGUACUAGUGAUGCAUAAAAAGAAGGCUUAAAACAGGAAAGAGAGGUGAAUGAAGAUUCUGAAGCUUAGAUUAGAAGUAAGAAAUUGGAUAUAAGGAGAAUGUUUUCAAACUUCAUUGUUGAAUGAUGUUAGGCUAUUUUUUUAUGGAAAUUUUUUUAUUCAGUCCAUAUUUUCCUGAAAAAUAAAAAGUAUAGGUAAUAAUAGAUGUCAGAGCUAAGCAAAUUUAGCAAUAAAUUCAAUUAAACAAGAA